CUCUAUGGAAACGGCAGUGCGUGCUCGUCCCCGGCGUUUGGGUGACGGAGACGCGGAGAGAGAGAGAGGUUGUUGAAUUCAGAGAAGCGACUGACUGCUGCAGCAGAGCGUUUGAAACCAUGGCUAACAUUCCAAGGAUUAUUAAUAACGGCAUUUAACAGGGAAACGCAGGGAAAAUGGCAGAGAGGCUGGAAUGGGUGGAGAUCAUCGAGCCUCGAACCCGAGAGCGGAUGUACGCCAACCUGCUGACGGGGGAGUGCGUGUGGGACCCUCCCCUGGGGGUGCGGAUCAAGCGCACCAGCGACAACCAGUGGUGGGAGCUGUUUGACCCCAACACCUCGCGCUUCUACUACUACAACGCCUCCACGCAACGCACAGUGUGGCAUCGGCCCCAGAACUGCGACAUCAUCCCCCUGGCCAAGCUGCAGACACUCAAGCAGAACACAGACUCACCACGUGCCUCUGCGGAGAACAGCCCGGGCCGGAACAGCAACGUGAGCCGCGAGGGCAGCACCUCCUCCUCCUUGGAGCAGGAGCUGGAGGGGAAGGCGCUGCCCCAGGCACAGGCACAGACUCUGCAGCAGCAGCAGCACACGUUGGGCAGAGACGAGCCUGACAGGAUGUCUCCUUUCCGCUGGAACACGGGCACCAAGGAGCGGAUGCUAAUUAAGGUGACGGACCGUGAGCCCAGCUUCCUGGCUCACCAGGGCAACGGCUACGAGGGUCCUGGUGGAGGAGGGGGCGGCACGCGGUCUCGGCGCUGUUCUGGGAACCAACCCACGCCUCCCGAGCCGGAGAACUGCUCUGUCUUCUACCCUGAGCGCCGUCAGUCCCCUUUCCUGAAGCGGGUCGAGCUUGGGGGCUCCCCUCUGAUAGGUCGAGGGGACCCCUUUCAGCACCGCCGGGCCUCGGGUGACUCUCAGCCUCCGUCACCCCGCUAUGGCUACGAGCCCCCGCUUUACGAAGAGCCCCCCUCCGAAUACCAGCCCCCCAUCUACGAGGAGCCCCCCACAGACAUGCACUGCGAGGCGUCCCACUACGGCAAGGCCUGCUCUCCACAGCAGAAAUCCCCUGGCCGUAAGCCCCAGCUGCCUCUCUUUCACUCCCCGAAGCAGGGCUCCCACUCCCCCUACCAGCAGCUGGUGCUCACCAAGCAGAAGUGCCCGGAGAAGUCCCUGAGCCUGGAGUACAGCCCAGCUGGCAAGGAGUACGUCAAGCAGCUGGUCUACGUGGAGCAGUCCGGCUCCAGCCCGCGCUUCAAAACAGCCGACCGGCUGCACCGCUACCAGCCAUCCAACACCAUCGCCGGCUACGGGGGCUCCUACACCCUGCAGCACAGCCAGUCCCUCAUCAGGGACCCCCGCACGACUGACCGCAGCAACAGCAACCCGGGGGACCCCUGCGAGCUGCGCCAUUUGCUCUAUGACGACUCCAUGUCCUGGUCCAGCCAGCAGGACACCCUCUCAUCCACAGGUGGCUACUCCCCGAGCAGCCGCAAGCGCAAGAGCCGCAAGCCCUCUCUGCCCCAGGAGGUGCUGGCUCACUGUGGGGAGAGCGAGGGGGAGUGUGAGCCUGCAGGGGGAGGCACCAUGGACAGGCAGCAGCAGCAGCAGGGAGGAGUUGUGUCGGCCGCAGAGUCACCCCUGUCUGGUUACCCCGAAUCCUACCUGACCCAGGGCAGGCUGGCCUGGGAAGCCCAACAGAUGCACCAGCUACGGCAGCGCAGUAGCUGGGAUGCGGCCCAGCAGCAGGGGGCCCUGCAGAGCCAGCUGCAGCAGGGCGUCGGGGCCAAGGACGGGUACGAGAGCGAUGGUGCCGUGCCCCACCCCCUGCCCGGCCCAGUGGUCAGAGCUUUCAGUGAGGACGAGGCGCUGGCGCAGCAGGAUGGCCGGCACUGGAAAAGGAGCACCUUUGAAAGGCUGGGCUUCCCACAGGUCCUGUUGGAGAAGAGCGUCUCUGUGCAGACCAACCUGGCCUCUCCGGAGCCAUUCCUGCACCCCUCCCAGUCAGAGGAUCUGGGUGCCUGCGCUCAGUUCGAGUCCAGCAGGAAUGCCCGCAACAUGAAUGCGAGUGCCAGCUGCGUGUUCCCAGAGUUCACACUGCGCAAGCCCUCCUCGGAGACGGACAUCGAGAACUGGGCGUCCAAGCACUUCAACAAGCACACGCAGGGGCUGUUCCGCCGCAAGGUCUCCAUCGCCAACAUGCUGGCCUGGAGCAGUGAACCCAUCAAGAAGCCCAUGAUCAUGACCUCCGACCGGGGUGUCAAGAAGGAGGCCGUGGAGAUCUUCAAGCUCAUCCAGAUGUACAUGGGAGACCGGCGGGCCAAGACGGACCAGCUGAACGUGGCUCUAGAGAUCGCCAUCAAGGGCUGGAGCGUGCAGGGGCUCAGGGACGAGCUGUACAUCCAGCUCUGCCGCCAGACCACAGAGAACUUUCGUUAUGACAGCCUGUCGCAUGGCUGGGAGCUCAUGGCCAUCUGUCUGGCCUUCUUUCCACCCACGCCAAAGUUUCACUCCUACCUGGAGGGCUACAUCUAUCGGCACAUGGACCCCCUGAACGACACUAAAGUGAACCAGCACAUUAGAGAUCUCCUGGAGGCGAAAAUCAAGAGGAGGCAGAAACCGCGAAAGAGAGGCAGGCCCCACAGUGAGGAGACUGAGGGGGUUGCCAUCAGCACCUACGCCAAGUACUGCUACCGCAAGUUACAGAGAGCAGCUCUCACCGGGGCCAAAAAGGGUUUGCAGAAGCCCAACCUGGAGGAGAUCAAGCAUGCAAGGAACGCUGUAUUUUGCCCUUCGAUGUUCGGCAGCUCUCUGGAGGAAGUGAUGGUCAUGCAGAAGGAGCGCUAUCCAGAUCACCAGCUGCCCUGGGUGCAGACCAGACUGUCUGAGGAGGUGCUGGGGCUCAACGGCGACCAGACCGAAGGCAUCUUCAGAGUCCCUGGUGAUAUUGAUGAGGUGAACGCUCUCAAGCUGCAGGUGGACCAGUGGAAUAUCCCCACAGGACUGGAGGACCCUCACAUCCCAGCCUCGCUGCUGAAGCUGUGGUACCGGGAGCUGGAGGAGCCUCUGAUCCCUCAUGAGUAUUACGAUGAGUGCAUCACUCACUACGAGGACCCAGAGGCUGCAGUGCAAGUGGUGCACUCCCUGCCGGAGAUCAACAAGCUGGUGCUGUGCUACCUCAUCCGCUUCCUCCAGGUCUUCGGUCAGCCUGACAACGUGUCGAUCACCAAGAUGGACGUAAACAACCUGGCCAUGGUCAUGGCUCCCAACUGCCUGCGCUGCCAGUCCGACGACCCGCGCAUCAUCUUCGAGAACACGCGCAAGGAGAUGUCCUUCAUCCGAGUGCUCGUGCAGCACAUGGACACCAGCUUCAUGGACGGGUUGCUAUAGCGCCAGGGAGCCCGGGGGGGUUCAUAGCAAAAACACUACCAACAAACUAGCAAAUGGGAACAAACACACACACACACACACACACCGGACGGUGUUUGUACUGACUGCUUGACAGAGCUGAUCUAAUACAGAGAAAGGACCGGAAGAGGGGCUGUUCAGUUUUUUUAUGGGGGGGGGGGGGGGGUCUUUUCAUCCUUCGACAACGUGCUGUGUGUCUCGUGCUCUAGGAUAGUCUGAUUUCUAUACUUCUGUGUGUCUGUCUGCCUUGAGUGUGCAUGUGUAAUAUGACAUAGAGAAUGCAAAGCGUCCCAAGUGAGAACUUACCAGACAGACACAUCACGGCAAAUUGACUUAAAUACAUUUUAAAAAAUGAUUAUAUUCAUUUAUUUGAAUGGUUUUAGUUUCUGUGCAAAAUCCACUGUUCUCAGUAAAUUAACAGGGUUGGUAUUUUUUUUAAUUUUUUUUAAAGGGCAUUGUUUUAUACAGUAUUUAUUUAUUCUUAUUUUUUAUAUAUAUAAAUACCUUUCACAAGGGACUUGUAAGGACUGAAAUAAUAUUUGUGUGUGUGUGUGUGUUUAUUGAUACAAAUGAGUAUGUCAAAUCAGGUUAUCCUUAAACUGAGAGCAGAGAAGAAAAAAAAAGUCCUUCUUUUGAACAUGAAGGCAGUGCCAAAAGAUGUGAAGCAGUUUCUGUGGAUAACACGUGGUUAAUAAGGGGACUGUUAAUUCCUGAUAAAACCACUACCAAGACUGCCUGCACUUCCCUCACGCUCCCUGGGAAUAAGUGAACAGACCGACCCCCAUCUGCCUUUCAGUGCUGUUCAGGACUUUGGCUAGCAGCAGCUACGAGUAAAUGACCCUAACCUGCUCCAGCAACAACAAAAUACAAGAUGCCCCCCUUGGAUCCAGCUAGUGCUCCCCAAAACCAGGCUGGGUGUCUUUAGCCGUGUGUACAUUGUCAUGGUCUGGAGAAGUGUUCCAGGGUAUUUUGUAUACAUCUUAUUGAAUAUGCCUGUACAGGAUUUGCUGUACUAAACACCAUUGUUUGCGCUAAAGAUUUGUUCGCCCCAACCCCAAAGCCCACCUGUCCCCAAACUGCUGUUUUAAUUCAAAGUGUUGCCCCUAGGAGCAUGUAUGCUUGUUCCCAAAGAGGCCUGGCUCCAGUUGGGUAAGGCAGCCCCAAAAGCUCUUCUCUCAAACAGGGCGUUGUUAUCAUAGUUUUUAUUAUGGUACUGCCUCCAUCUGUUAUAGCAAACCGUAUUGGAAACCAUGUUGAGAAUUUGUUUUGUUUUUUUUAACGCCAAUAGAGAAAUGAGAAAAGUUGCACCCAUGACUGAUAUGCAGUGUAUGAGCGUAACUAUGGAGGGUCAGUCAGACUAUGCGCUCUCUGGAGUUUUAAUUGUCAGACACUCAUUUUUGUUUUUAAAGAAAUAUGUUUGUAUUUUUUUACCUCUUGGUUGCACCCUCAGGUGAUCAGCAUAUUGUAUUUGAAUUUCAAGGGAAGCUACCUUUUUUUCAUAUGGAAAUUGUUGUGAAAGGUGCAGCAUCCCUUUUUACCAAGCAAACCCCAUCCAAACAGAUGCAGGUCAUUUCAUAAAUCCGCUGCACCACAGGAAAGACCAAACUCCCAGACAGGGAAGCCAUUUAUGAACCAAACAACAUGGCUACAGUGUUUUAACUCUGGAGUCUUAUAAUUCACUUCAAGCAGACAGAAUACCGUAAUAAAUCACUGGCCUUUUGGAGUAACAGAUUUGUUUGGUUCCACAUUGAAACACUGUGAAACCUGUUGCUUCUGAGGUUUCACCACUUAAUGUGAAAACAAACAAAUACAUCCAAGUAAACAACAAGGAUGCACAAUUUUUUAUAAAGUCAAUUGUACUGACACAGGCAUGAUGGUUUUCAGGUUUGGAGUUAAUCAAGUUAACCGUUUUUAAACUGAAGCCGUUUUAAAUUUAAUUUGAAAAUGUAGGUCUGGAAGCCAUCUUGUUUAACAAAACAACACCAUUUUGCCAUAUUUGAAUUCUGAUGUCACCGGGAUGAUGCUACCAAGUUGGGAGUAAGUUGGUUAAGUUUUCGUGCAUAAGCAGUUUGUUGUUUGGUGUGCUUUUUGGCGAAUUUGGUGGCAGGCAGUUUGAUAGUAAAAUUUAUCACAGCAGCUUCUGCUUGGCAAACUUGAAGCGGGUUUGGUUGCUGAUGACAUAUGCCAAGUGUCAGAUCAAUCACUUCACCGGUUCCCAAGAAGAUUUCGAAAGGUUUCUGAAAAAUAUGCGUCAGGUGGCCAUUUUGGUUAGGUCAACACCAAGUCAGUUGUAUUGAUACAGUGACAGGGAUGAUGCUUGUGAAAUUUGGAGUUAGUCAAGUAAACCAUUUGUCAACUAAGGCAGUUUUAAAUGUAAUAUGUAAAUGUACGUCUGGCGGCCAUAUUGUUUUACAAAACAUCAUAAUUUUGACAUAUUUUUAUUCCUUGUCACUGGCAAGUUUGGAGUUUGUUGGUCAAACGGCUUUCAAAUAAACGCAGUUUUCAUGUUGAUUGGUUACACCGCAUGCAAACAGGAGCAGUUUGAAGUUGAUGGAAGAAUAAUAAUAAUAAUAAGAAAAAUCCUAACAAUAACAAUAGGCUUCCCAGCCAUUCUGGCUGGGAAGCCUAAUUAGAAUAAUGAUAUAAAUAAUAACAACAAAUAAAAAUAAAACAAUAUAUGAAUAACAAUGAUAGAUAAAACACAAUGUAUAAAAAUACAGAAAUAAGCAAAUAAUGAUGUUAAAACUUCAUGCUGAUUUGAACUUGGCUCUUGCCAAGAUAAGCACCAACUAAGACGUAGCUUUACAGUAAACUAAUGUGAUCCAUCUGCGUCUCCAUCCAUUUGCGUUUCCUUCCAUCUGAUGAUGUAGAUAUCCUUCUGCCUGGUGUUGAUGGCUGAAGUGUAAUGCUGGCUCCAGGGAUCAGCUUAUUUUGUCUCCCCAGCGCAUCAGCACACACAACGGCUGUAAUGCUGGCUCCGGGGAUCAACCACAGUGCGGUCUCCCCAGCGCAUCAGCAUGACAACUGUCUGGAUUGAGCUAAGUAGGGUACAUCUCUGGGGUCUUCAAGUGGGCACCUUCCAUCCUCCUGUGUUUAGUCGACUAGCCCACGACACCUCAAGAGGGCUCGACGGUGAUUCUGGCGUCCCAGCAUCACCCCCCUCCGUCCCCCACUCAACUCAGCCCAGCUUACUACCCGUACAUAAGCGUUGCUUUCUUUCUAUUGUGCUUGAGCUCCCCAGCCAGAAGCUUUCCGUCUCAACCACAGCCAGUUGCUUUAGAUAAGUUCUUCACUGUGUGACGCAACUCUUGGCCACUGAAUCCGACGUCUCUGAGAAACCGGGUUGUAGAGUGUGCCACAAAUCCUCGACAACCCACCUCCACUGGGUAAACCUGGACUCUCCAUCCUUGCUGUUCUGCUUCUUCCUUUCACACGCCUCAUCUACAGUAUCCUCCCAUGGCACUGUUAACUCUACCAGGUGAACAAGGCGUGCUGAUCCAGACCACAAGAUAAUAUCUGGUCAAAGGUUAGUGGUGGCAAUCUCAGGUGGAAAAAUAAGCCGUUGACCAACAUCUGCCAGCAUUUUCCAAUCUCUAGCAGCUUCCAGUUGUCCUGGGUGAGGCUUGGUUUUAACACCUUUUCUUGGCGGUUGCUCUCCUGGGUGGAGGAAUGUUGUCUUUUGUGUGUAAUGUUUUGAUGGUACUGGUGGCAACUUAUUGGUCAUGUUACGCUUGUCUUCCAGUGCUAAGGCCAAACAUCGCAGCACCUGGUCAUGGCGCCAAGUAAACCGUCCUUGGCUUAGAUCCACCUUACAUCCUGUCAAAAUGUGCCUUAAUGUUGGGGGUGAUGAACACAAAGGACAUGAGGGAUCCUGUCCUACCCAGAGGUUUAGGUUCUGUGGUGAUGGGAGAACAUCAUAUGUUGACCUGAUGAGGAAACUGAUCCUGCUCUGUUCCAUUGUCCAUAGGUCUUGCCAGCUGAUCUUGCGUUGUUCCACACUCUCCCAUCUCAUCCAUUCUCCCUGCUUGGCCUGGGAAAUGGCCUUUACGCACCUUAUCCUCUCCUCCUGCUUUUGCACCUCGUUGACGUUCUGCUUGCUCUGUUGAGCUGGGGCUGCCUUGUGCCAUGUAGGAGGAGCUGAACUGAGACCAAUACCCCCUAUUCCAUGCUGAAGUUGCCCCAUGAUAUCACCGAUUCGAAGGGCAGCCUUUGCAUCUUCCACGGCUUUCUUUGCCGGCCACUUUCUUCCAGUUUUCAACACAGGUGUUGCCUCCCUUAUGCAUUUGUCGCAUGACUCUACUAAUGUCAUUUCUAGUCGGACCUUGCCGCACUUAAACUCCUUGGUUAGAGCGGAGACUGGUAGCUGCAGUAUACCUUUACCAUAAAGUCCCACUCUGCUGACGUAUGACCUGAUUAAAGCUUCCAGCUUCUCUACUGUUGUCAAAGAAACCUUGUACACAGUCAGUGGCCACAGCAGCCUCAGCAGCAGACCAAACUGAAAGCACCAGUUUUAGUUUGCCCGGUAAAGCGCUGUUGUCUAUGCUCUUCAACCCUUCCAUCGCUUGUUGUCUAACUUAUCCCACACAAACUGUGUCCUUUAGAUCCCUGUCGUACCAUCUCCCAAGACUUUUCACUGGCUUCUUAGACACUGUUGGUAUUGCCUCACCAUUAAUGUAGAACCUUUGAUCUACUACUUCACCUUUAAUUAUAGAGAUGCUCCUUGAUUUAGUGGGCUUGAAUUGCAUUUGUGCCCAUUUGAUGUUAUUGGUUAAUUUGCCCAAUAACCGAUUAGUGCAGGCUACUGUUGUAGUCAUGGUUGUCAUGUCAUCCAUGUAUGCUUGAAUUGGUGGUAGUCGCAUUCCAGAAGCCAAGCACUCUCCUCCCACUACCCAUUUUGAUGCCCUAAUAAUUACUUCCAUUGCCAUGGUAAAAGCCAGUGGAGAAAUGGUGCAUCCUGCCAUUAUUCCAACUUCUAGGUAUUGCCAUGUAGUGCUGAAUUCUGAAGUUGAAAAACUAAAUUGCAGAUCUCCAAAGUAGGCUUUCACUAAAUUUGUUAUUGUCAUCGGUACACUGAAAAACUCAAAUUAGAUAAAAAAAAUAAAAAAAACAGUUGCUUGUAAGUCAUGUUAAAAAGGCUAAACUAUAAAAGUCUUUAAACCUGACUUAAAAAUAUUGACAGACGCAUAAUCUCUAAUAAAAAAAAGGCAAGAAGUUCCACAGUCUGGGGGCAUUUUAACUAAAGUUCAUAACUUCAGUGUUACAAAUGCAGUACUGUUUUAAUUGUCUUCCCUGUGCCUCUUUAUUGGCACCAUUUUCCAAUAAGAGAGCUUCCUAUCAUGUCUUUCUGAUUCGGUAUAAGUCUGACAAGGCGGGUGUUGGACAUGAUCAGCACCCAGCUUGUCUGCUUACCCUCUUACACGUCCCUUGCUAUAUUCAGGUCAGGCUGUGUUUCAGCUGGCCAAUGAAUUGAAUAUGAUGCAUGAAGCAGCAAAGCCUCCUCUUUUGUAAUGAACAGCUUUCUAUGAUGUUUCAGUGAAGAGCACAAGUCGGCUUCGGUGAGUGCUGUAUUACAGUAUUGUGUGCGCAACUCAAAUAUAAACACGCAAACUGAAAAACCACCAUCUCAACAGCGGCAUGGCCAUGCUGCCACCCUUUCACGCUGCACCAGUCCCCCAGUCUGGCUGGUCUAUCAGCCCCCUCAAAAGCAUCACUGAAAACCAGUAUACAAAUUGUGCAGGUUUACAUGUUUCAGGGUGGAAUCUGUAGUAAAUCUCACCGGUUUUGCGCUUGGCUACAUAGGUCUCAAAUGCGCAGUUUUGAAAGAAGCACAUGCUAUUUUCAUGUUAAAACAUCUAGUACUAUAUUAGGUUAAAGAAAGGAAAUCUGUCACACUUCUCAGGUCAUUUCACCUCUGUGUUAAGAUAACAAUACAUGCUUACUAAACCACAUGUGCCUUUUAAAAACUUCACAUUUGUGACUGGGAGUACGCCACAGAUUACAUCUGUGGAAUUAUUUUGUCAACUUUAAGGUCAGCUGCCGUUGGACUCCCUAGGAUUGAGGGAGUCCCAGUCCAUGUUUAUGCCUUAGGCAGAUCAUGUCUUUCGGUUGCAGAGUGAGGAAUGGAAAUGUUCCCAGGUAAUUUUGCUGGUAAAAAAGGAGUCUGCAUCUUCCUAAUUCUGCCUGAUUUACUGUCUGACGGAGUGCGUGGCUUUUUCUACUGCAUUUUUCAUCCUGCAGACUGUUGGGCUGUGCCUGUUUGUGCCCAGCAGGUGCUAAUGGUGACAGUGUCACAGUGCAGCUUUUAUAGAAAACCACUUGUCAACUUCUGCCUUGCUUUAUCAUGUUGCAUUGCACCAGGAGGACAUGGAAACAAGGAGAAUUUUAAAAGGGAAAACCAAUCGCAGGCAUUGAGGAUUAUAGACAUUUGCAGUGCACUGUAAUUACGCAUUCCCCUACACACAAACACACAGAGGGUUAAAUCCCAGUACAACCAGUUCUGAUUUACUGGCCUGUAUUUUUCCACUCCAUAGUAAAUAUAUUUGGAUUGCUGUUAGUGGAAAACUGGACCACUGUGUGAAAGGAUAACUGUAGAAACGGGUCUCCAAAUAGGGGCUUUAGCCUGCCCCCAUAGCCCCUAGUGGUACACCGAGGGAAAAGCAUGCCAGACCUGUACCCUGAAAACCAUUUUUUAAUACAUAUGUGGGUGUGUAAUAUUUUUCAUAUUUCAAUGGCCAGCUUGUAUCAGUGUGACGUCACAAUAGCGGGUUUGCCAAGCUUUGAAUUCAGAAAAAAAAAUAUUAUUCUUUUGAUGAUGCCAAACACUCUGGUGGGAUUCUGAACCAAGGCUCGCUGAAAUGGUCUUCAGCAGCUAGGCUUGUGGCUAGUGACCUUGCUCCAACUUUUAAAAACAAGUCUCAACGAUGUAAAACCAAAACAAGACACGAAUUGGAAACUAAAUAGCAUGAAUGACAUGUGGGUAAGAGAAUAAUACAUGUUUAAGCUCUUUCCAUUCCAGCUUUAAGGUAAUCUCCAAUCCUGUGGCCUAGUCGCAGUUCAAGCAUGGUCUCUCCCUCUGUAUCCUACUGGUCUACACCAAUGGAGCAGACUAUAUGAUAACUUGGAUCUCAUACAGUAUAUAUAAAUACAUAUUAAUAUUUUUUCUUAAAACAUGCUGUUCUCAGCUCUUUUAUCUGGGGCAGCCCAUACCCUUUUAAGUGUGGAGUGAGUGUGCUCCUGUGUUAAAAAACAAAUAGAAUAAGCUGUACAGCCACGAAGAGUCAGAAACAAAACAGCACAUAGACUAUGAGUGCCCAUACAAUAAUGUGGAAAAAAAAGAUAAUUGAAAGAUGUUUUUGGAAAGAAAGUUAAUUACACAGUGGCUCAGGUUUGUGUCCCUUUUGAAAUGCCAUGCAUAUGCAUACUACUGUCAUUAAACAGGUAAAGCUGGAGUAGUUUAUGAAAUGGCACAGAACCCCCCCGAGACGCAGCCCAUAUUUUAUUUCUUAUAUUACAUGGAUUUUAAAAAUAUGCUAAAAUAUAUUGAUGAUCAUGAUAACUAUCAAUACUUCUCAGAAUGGAACGUACCUUUCCAGUUUCAGACUCGCUGCCGUCUCUUUUUGUAAUGCAUAAAUGACAAUAACGCGUGUUUAUUAUAUUUAAUAACUUAUAAUAACUGUAUUAGGAUUUCAUUGUUUUAUUUACAAUAUCAUUUUAUACUGAGCUUGUAAGAAGCAGUGUGGAUUGGCAAAGAUCACUUGUGUUGUGUGACACUUCAUCGGUGGUGCCUGAUUGUAGAUUUGAACCGUAACUGCCUGUUUGAAAGUACAAUUGGGACCAAAGGUGGCUUGCAUGCUGUGUGUAGGAGUGUGCGAAUUAGUCUCUCUGUAGUCUAGUUAGUUCUCUCGCUGCUGCUGUGCUGCUUGCUGAUGCUGUUGUCUGGGAAGGCGAAGUUGCCGGAGCUUGAACAGACUGUAUUGUGCCUGGUUAUGCAGAAAAGGACAUUUGAAAGGUGUGUGUCAAGCUCGGACAGGAGUAUUUCUUUUGGAUUUCUUUGCUCUCCGAUCUCGGAUAAGAAAGUACCAGAGCCAAGUCAAAUGUGGUUUUCUUGGAUGUGUUUACAUAUUCUUGUUGACUCAUUAAAGUUUUUGGAACAUUUGGGUGUUGAAAGCAGGACAACAUGUUGAGUUUGUCAGACAAAUGUUUUUUAAUCAAGCUAAUCUUGAUUGUCAGAGAAAGUUGUAUUUCACUGGUGUGUGUGUGUGUGUGUGUGUGU